AUGGCGCAAGGGCUGCGUUUCGAUGGCCAUGGAGCCAUCUCCGCGCGAGGAACUUCACGACUUCUGUACGACUACCCAGAGACGGUGCGAUCCGAGAUCUUGGACCUGCUGUUCUUGCCGGGGCAUGCGGCAUCCAUCCAGGUGCUGAAGGUGGAGAUGGGUGGAGAUGCUCAGUCUGGGUUUGGAACCGAACCGAGCCACCGGCGAUCUCACAAUGAUACGGUUUGUCUGCGAUCGCGAACCUUCUGGCUUAUGCGCGAGGCCCGUCUCCGCAAUCCGGCUCUGGUUGUUUAUGCCGUGCCAUGGACUUUCCCGAGCUGGGUCGGCCUGGAACGCGGCACAGAGUCAGAGUUCUACAACAACGAUGCCCUUGACUACAUCGUGAGUUGGCUGCGAUGCGCGAACGAGACUCGGGCUGGAAGUGUGGAGUACGUCGGCAACCGCCCCCGACCAUCAAUCCUGGAUCUCCUUGGAAAUAGUCAUUCGGCUUCACUACCCCCGUGGCGCUGGGUGGUUGCGCUGCGGGAGACUUUAGACGAGGCAGGGUUCAACCAGACCCGGCUGGUUCUGCCGGAUUCUACAUACGACCCUGCUGUGGAGCAGCUCUGGGAUGAGGAGCCUGAUUUCGCGACUGCUCUGGCAGAUGGUGCUAUGGGCUUACACUAUCCGUGCUUCCUGCCGCUGCCGUCAUUGCGACAGAAGACAUCCAUGUCCCUCUGGAGUUCGGAGGAUGUUGGCCUGACAGCGGACUGGCGCGGCGCUUCUUGCCUCGGACGUAGCGUUAACACGAACUUCGUGCGAAUGAACGUGACGAGCACUUUGGUGCGCUCCCUGGCUUGGGCGGUCCACCCCGCCGUACCGGGCGUCCGCGACGGCCUCAUCGAAGCAACAGAGCCAUGGUCAGGGAGGUACUCCAUCAAAGAUGGACUUUGGACGCUCGCUCACACCACGCGCUUCACGGAGGCUGGCUGGUUCGCUUUGCCUUUGCAGUCGGGCUCCAGUGGACACUUGAGAAAAGGUGGUACCUUCGUGACUUACAUCUCUCCCAACCGUAGCGACUUCAGCCUGGUCGUGGAGAAGCUCCAGGCGCCCUGCCGCAACUGUAGCGGCGCAAUUACGGGCGCCGAGGAAGUAGUCUUCACGUUGGCGGGAGGCCUGGAGAUCCCCUGGUUGUCCUUUCCUGCCCGGCCUGCAAUGGGCGACGACACGGACCUUGAGGAGAACGAUACUGAAGGUGAGAACGUCACGGCGAACCGAAGCAACCUCACCAUGAAUCCAGUGGAAGACAACGAUACGGAAGCAGAUGAAAAUGAUUCUGCACAUCGUAUCAAUGUGACUUCCGAUGGCUCAGCAUGGUUGGAGCAAUCGGCAGGAGGGAACGGGAGCAACAUGACGGAAGAACCGUCUGUCAGCGUUGAUCCUGCUGGUCUGGAGAUCUGGCUCACGAACAAGACGCACAAGCACGUCAAGCUGCCACCCCUGCCGGUGGAUCCCAUGACCGGUACCUUCAGCUUUGUGGCGGAGUCAGACACCAUUUACACCAUAACGUCGUUGAGCCUCAAUGACACCAUCUUCCGAAGCGAGCCGGCUCAGGCUGCAUCUUUCCCGCUGCCAUACCGGGACGAUUUCGACUUGUACCUGGAAGAAGAAACGCCCAGCUACUUCGCAGAUUAUGGUGGCUCCUUCCAAGUUUCUCGGGAUCCCAGCCACGCGCCGAACUUGGUUUUGAGGCAAAACGUGGUGCAACAGCCGCGCACGAACAGCUGGACGACAGACGCAGAUCCCAUCACGCUGAUCGGCCACAGGUUGACGAACCUCAGUGCCUCUGUCGACAUAUACAUUCCGGAAACGCAGUUGCCUUCCAUACCGCCGAGGGCGCGAAUACAGGCAGCUUUUGGCGGCAGCUGCUUGGCCUAUGCUGGAGCGGUGGAGAAUGCAAAGGUCGUCCAGACUUCCUGCCAGGACAAGAUGGUGCAGAGCUUCAUCCUGGACAUGCAGACCGGCCACAUCUCAACGGCCUCCAAGUCUUGUUUGACUGCACACCUGUGCGCUGAUAGCCCCUACAGAGAUGAUGGCCUGUGUGUGCGACCUUGUGGCAGCGGACCUCUGGAAGUCUCCAACCAGACCUGGGUGUGGCAUCCGGAUGGAAGCCUGCGGCUUCGAGCACGACCAGAUCUCUGCCUUACGGCUGGAGGCCGGCCUGAAGAGUCCAUGCCCCCCUUGCGGCUCUGGAGCUGUGACAGCGUUCCCGGAGUCCGGCAGCGUUGGCUCUCCAUGGACGAGGAGAUGCCUCUCUAUGCAGGAUUCCUGCAGGGUUACCACUAUUGGAAGAUGGGCUUCAAGAAGAAAGCCACUAUCACGAAAAUUGGCACGAACACGCAGCGAUUCACGAAAGAGACCUCUGUGGCGAGCGGUGGCUUUCCAGAUAAAAUUAGUCAAGUUGUGAAGUACGGCGAGGAGUUUGCGGUGAAGAAGAUCCCGAACCCAUGCAGAAACACAGUGGAGGCCAAGCGAUGCUUGAGAGAGAUCAAGCUGUUGAGCAUGCUGGAGCAUGAGUGCAUCAUCAAGCUUGUCAAGGUGCUUGAGCCACCUUCCACUGUGUUCACCGAGGUUUACCUGGUGACGGAGCUCAUGGAUGCAGAUCUGCACACGGUGAUUUGUUCUGACCAGCCCCUCAGCGAAGACCACGUUCAAUUUUUCAUUUACCAGAUCUUGCGCGCCCUGCUGUACUUGCAUUCUGCCAAUGUGGUUCACAGGGAUCUGAAGCCUCUGAAUGUUCUGGUAAACAAGAACUGUGACAUCAAGCUUUGCGAUUUCGGCCUCGCCAGAGGACGUGCAGGCUUCGAUCAGGACGAUGACACCUGGCUCCGGACGGAGUAUGUCGGCACACGCUGGUAUAGAGCGCCAGAGGUCAUCCUUACCUCGAGGGAGUACACGGCGGCAGUAGACAUGUGGAGCGCAGGAUGCAUCCUCGGAGAGCUCAUUAGUCGGGCACCGAUGUUCCGUGGGGCGGACUUCUUGGACCAGCUGCGGUCCAUUUGCGCCAUCGUGGGAACUCCGGAGGAGCACGAACUCUCCUUCAUACCGGAGGAAAACCAGGCGGCGAGGAACUUCCUGCGAACCAAGUAUCCGGGCCUCCCGCGCCAGAACUGGAAGGCGAUGUUCCCGCAUGCAUCUGACGCCCAGUGUGACCUCCUUGACCGGCUUCUUCAGUUCGACCCGAACAAGCGUCUCACGGCCCACGAUGCUCUGCGGCAUGCUUACUUGGAGGACCACCACGACGAGGAG